AUGGCAUCUUCUCACGAAGGAAAAGCUACAGCGACCGGAACGAAAAGCGGAGGCACCGAUCAAGCCGUUCCAUUGCCAGAAGGACUUCGCGAGAAGAUGAAGAAAGUGCUUCUGAAUAUAGAAGAACAAAUAGGCUUCUUUCGGCAACAGGAGAUUAAUGAGAUGUUCGAGGAAAAAGAGAUCAGGGAACUUCUCGCAUCUUUCCAAGACAGUGUCGACAAGGCAGCGUCUAGAAAGAAGAAUGAAGUCUCAUGGAUGACAUCACGAGACGGGAACCGUGACUUGGCCGAUCGCUAUAGGAUGCUAUUUUCCUAUCUGGUCUACAAUGACCAGGGCGAACAUCUAUUCGAGCUGGUUACCGAGUUCUCUGAAGGAAUGCCACUUUCUGAUGCCGCAAAAACUUGGCUUGUAGAAAAGCAAGAGGAAGCGAAACCACGCAGCUUGGCGAGUCUGAUCGCAAAACUCAACAGAUCACAGCGGCUUUUUGACGUCUCCUUCUUAGAUGUCGCCGGGGAAAAUGAUUUCGGUCCAGAAGCAGUACUGCCGUAUGAAACAGAUCCUGGUUCAAAGACUCCCGUUGCCUCUGCUUCUACCGCUAACGUUUAUGUAAACACCCUACGUGGCGAGUUCUGCAAUCUCUUUCAUACAGUAUCAGCAACGACUAUACCAGGAAAACACAAAGUUGCUGUCAAAGAGAUGAGAUUAACGGAUGAGAGGAAGUUCGUCCGCGAGCGAAGAUUCUUAAUGAUGCUGGGAAAAGCCGCACAGCUCCACGACUACGAAAAGAACUUGAUCAAUCUGCUUGAAUCCAGUUUGUCGCAGUUCUGGUUCGAGCACAGGGAUUCAGAGCUGAGAAAUUCGGAGGACUGGAUGAUAAGCACAAUGAUUGGAAUGACUGGCGCAUUGUCUGUGAUCCAUACUCAUAGAUCAUCUGGCCAACCGGUUGCAGAGACGCAUAAAGAGACACUCGGUCGUCAUGGUGAUAUCAAGCCGGACAAUUUUCUUUGUAUUAAGCGGCCCGGGGGAGCUGAUGGUGGCUCUGAAUACAUCGUCAAAGUGGCAGACUUCGAACGAAAUUACUCUGAUAAUGAGUGCCGUUCAGCUGUUAAGAUUGAUGAAGUUGAAACAUGGGCACCAGGAACGGGUACUUACCAAGCCCCCGAGUGGGGAGAUGAUGAUUUGAUUUGCAGCAAAUACGACAUAUGGGGUUUAGGUUGUGUCUACCUGGAAUUCAUCAUCUGGCAUCUCCAGGGUUGGAAAGGGAUAAAAAGGUUCCGGAAAGGAAGGAAAGGGCUGAAUGAACAUGGUAUUAAAAGCGACACAUUCUACAACAUGAACAAGAACUCGACAAAGCCAGGUUCGGAGGGGUCCAAAUCACCAGAGCCCAAAGAAUCUGUCAAGUUUCGGAUCAAAGAAUUGCAAACAUCCGCCUCUCCCCGGGUGGAAAGUCUGCUGAAGAUCAUCGGGGAUCGAAUGCUUCUACCCUGGCCGCCUACGAAACGUAUCUCCUCGACGGAGUUGCUAUCAGAGUUGAUGAAAAUCCAAGGUGCACAUGUUAAGCAUACAGCUUAG